AUGGCGGACGAAAUUCAUCAGACCACCUCCAAACUUCUUAUUUUCACUGCCCCAAAUUUAUGCUUUGAUUGCAUUCAGAAAACGUCAAUAGAUGAACAGAAGGGUGACAUUUGUUUCCCUUUGCGCCUCAUAGAGGUUCGAGUAAAUUCUAGCAAUUGCUGGAAGCAGACAACCUUUAGUUUCAACGAAAACUCAAACGUGGUCUGCGAUCGCAAGGUCCACAACAAUGGUAACGAUGUCGAACUCACUGACGAGAGUGACGUUACGAUCGAGUAUGACCCACUGGCGAUACAGGAAUCGGUUUGGUUCUACCUUGAGAGUGAAUUUAAGAAUGGUGAAAACAUUAGCUCCUCCUCGCCCUCUCAGCCGUGUGGAUCUGACGCAGAAUUUCACAUACCUGAUGACGAACAUGCCUCUUCAAACAGCGAUGCUCUUCAGAAAGAAUUCGAAGAUAUACGAUCUGCUAGUCAAAAGCUACUUGUCAGUGACAAAGCUGAAAGUUGCAGCAGUUCAAGUGGAGAUAUUGAUCGUGAUAGCAGAGGGCUGAAGAGGAAGGCUGAGGAAUAUCAGAAUCUUGAUCACAUUGAUACACAUCAACUGACAAUGGAAGAUAUUUAUACUCAGGACAAGUACCUUUCUUCAAGUGAUAGCUGCAGCCCAGCUAAAAGAGAAGCCAGAAUGCGAAGUCCCAUAUCGAUCAGCUGUCGAGGGAGUUUAAAUGGUUCAUUUCAAAAUGACAAUAACUCUCACGAGCAUGGCUCUUCUCCUUGUGUACUGAUGGUACCCAGAGUCAGUGGGAACCUCACUUUGCUGAGAGACUGUACUGAGGAGAAUUCUAUCGUAAAUAUACUCUUUAUUGUUAUCCAAGUGAAUGACAUUCGUGAUGUUCAAGUCAAAUCAGGUGUGAGUGCUGGCAACUUUGUCGCUCUGUCUUCACUGGUUAUUGCUGAUGAUUCCAAAUCUUGUUUUAAGCUUACGUUAUGGAGAGAGGCGUCCAGAUGGACUGAGAAAAUAAAUCCAGGUGAUUUUGCUGUGGCAACUGCUAUCAAGAUUGGGAAAUGGCGCGAUGAAUAUGUUGGAAAAACAACUUUCAAUUCGGGAUUUUACAACCUUCAUCAGCCCAAAGCAACCCUCUCAAAAGGUUGUUUAAACUUGGUUUCACAAGUACGGCUUAAUUCCCUUGUGACGUGGGUUAGAUCAGAGCAUUCAUACCUUCUCACUGGGGGCCAUUUAAAGAAAAAUGUUGAAUUUACAGAAAUUACUCAUCUUCACAAUAAUACUUUGGUCCACUUUAGAGGCAAACUGAUCAGUGUCCACAGGGCUUCGUCGUCAUCAAACACCUAUCAUUUUGGUGUGCAACAGCUGACCAAGAUAUCGACAGUUCUAUCUGACCGCCCAAGCGAGGAAGUAGAGCUGUUUUUGUGGGGAAGACAGGCUGCGUGGGAAAACCAACUGCAAGAAGGAUUUGGGCAAAUCUGGGAAUUCCAGUUCCUUACCGCUAAGUUCAACAGUGACAGUGGCCGCAUGACGCUACACUCAACGUCCCGGUCAACAAUGUACAAAUUGAAUCCGCAAGACAAAAAUGCCCGAUGUAUCAUGUCACGAUUUAAUGGAGGCGUCACGGAAAUAACUAAAUUCGCAAACAUACGAGAUCUGCUUGAGUCAAAAUACACUGGCCUUGCUGAAUUUGAAGCUAAGAUUUCAUCUGUUCGUUUUAACAGUGCAAAUGAGGUCAUCGUUGUGGACAAAACCGAAUCCGCAAGCACUAAACUGCGCAAUAAGCUCGACAAAAUAGUGUAUAUUGGCUGUGGGUCUUGCUCGCGUGUUCUUCCGCAAGAUCAGAACAGCGUUUACGGUCAGUGUUCGCAUUGCGUUGUCACUGAUCCUAACUAUAAAUACACGGUAGGCCAUUAUUACAAACCGUUGACCUUUUGCUUAAGUGACGGUCAUAUGUCUGUCGAAGUAGACGCGUUUAACAGCGUCACAACCGGUCUCUUUGGAGAUUUUCCUGCCAAGACCUUGUGGCAAAGAACAGCAAAUGCGUCGUUACGUGAUAACAGUUAUUUAGAUGGUUUCCUUGAGUGUGUUGGUGCCUUGCUCAAAGGGAAUAUUUACAAAUCGAUUGUGGCGUGCCGUAUAGAGCUUGACGAAAACAGCUUUGUCGAAAACAGAUAUUUCACUCUUCGGGAAAUCCAUUCCUUGUGAGUAUUUUCACGAAAUUAUUGAAAUUCGUGAUGUACUUGGGAAUUCUUUGGCAACUUACCUGACUUUUUUUUUAACGCUUAUGCUGCACAAAAAAGGCCUGUGUGAACGAAUGAAACUUCGGUUUUCGACAAAUCUGUUUUGGAGAUCUCGCUAUGACUUUGUAGGAAAGAACAGAAAAUGCGUCGUAAUAUGUAUGUAGAUAAUUUCCUUGAGCGUUGGUGUUAAUGUCAAGGGGAAUUUUGUCAAAGUCUCGAUUAUUUCGUGGCUCAGAAUAGAGAGUCUUUUAUUUCUCAUUCUUGCCGUAACCUACAUUAUGCUUCACCUUUCGCAGUUCACGUAUCUCAUAACGCAAUUUUUUGUUUACAGAAACAGUUUCAAUAAAUCCCUGAUAUCAUGAUUUUACCUUUAAAUUAUUGUUCAGUCAUUUGGAAGACAAAAAAAAUGCGGGGAAAAAAAACAGUGACUCAGUGGCUUUGGAAAGUUAUCGAACUUUUAUUCUUAAAAUU